AUGCGUUUCAUUCAGGUUUGCGUCGCACGAAUAGCCCCCCGUGCCCAGCUCCGGCUCAGUUUGGAGCUGAUGUUCGCUGGUUUCAUCAGCUGCCCGGAGUUGCAUCGGGACGUUUGUUUGCCGGUCACGCUAGAUCGCACAGAGAGGAUCAAGAACUGCCAAAACCCUGAAUUCUGCAAGAAACUGGUCGUGGACUACUACUUUGAGAAAGUGCAGAAGCUGAAGCUUGGCGUGUAUGAUAUUGAUAACAAGUCCUUUGAUUUAAAUGAUGAUGACUACCUCGGAGGGAUCGAGUGCACGCUGGGACAGAUUGUGUCCAGCUCAGUGUUCACCCGACCGCUGGAAUUGAAGGAGGGAAAGCCAGCAGGAAAGGGCACAAUUACGAUUUCAGCAGAAGAGAUUAAAGAUACUAGGGUUGUGUACUUGGAUGUGGAAGCCCAAAACUUAGACAAAAAGGAUUUCUUAGGUAAAUCGGAUCCGUUUUUGGAGUUUUACAAGCAGAGUGAUGCUGGAACAUGGCAGCUGGUGUACAGAUCGGAGGUGAUAAAGAACAAAUUAAAUCCAUGCUGGAGGAAGUUCAGUGUUCCUUUGCAGACGUUCUGUGGUGGAGACUUUAACAAACCUGUCAAG